UAUCUCUACACACAACACUUCAACCCCGCCCCAUUCCUCUUACAACAUCUACCCGCUGUCAUCACAUCACCAUGCAUAGCACAUCAACAUGUCGACACAUUGUAUUAUUUUAGCGUUGGUUUCCUUCCUAGCGAGCGGGAGGGCAAAAUGGAGUCGGUACCAAUGGGCAAAGAAGCAGGCGUACACAGCAAGCAACGGACAGCGGCGACGGCGCGCGGCGUUUUACGAACCACAGUUACACAUUUUCCUUUCUCUGUUUAUAUCACUUAGCUUCCGGAUGGAUCCUUCGGAACGGAACGGACGAUACCUCACGACUUCUCAUUUUCUCCUACCUAUUCUUUGUCCUUAUUUGAUUUACCGUCCCACCGUCCUGGCAUGCCGGCAAGCCCGGCAUCCGGACGGCUUGAUCUCGGGCUGGGUGGUUAGGGGCAAGUUCUUGCCAUUGGGGUUGGGGGUUAAGGCGAUACGAAAUCUUCGUUGUUUGGGAUUGGCUGAUCGAGGAGGGCAUGGGGACGGGAUGGCGAUGCUUUCUUGCAUCCGAUGGGCCAUCUGGAUCUGUACAAGGUUCUGUGUUUCACACCUUUGACGGUUCUUUUUUCUCCCUUGUUGGCUUGCUGUCUUGUCAUAUGCUGUUUAGUGAUACCUGGCGCAAGCCGGCCCGAUGGAAGUAGGGCUUUGCUGCCGUUACUGUUUUCGUAUUAUGAGUUGGCCGGAGAGGCGAAGAGCGCGCUCUCGGAUGGAGAGGGCAUCUCUUGUAUGUAUAUAUAUCUGGCUUACUCACCUGCGGAGGUACUCCGUGGUGUGAGGCUUGCUUGCUUUGUUCUUGGAUCUCCUUGGGGUAAUAUGCGCAGGUAAAGGGUCUUGCCCAUCCGGGCAGAUGGAUAGCUUUAGGGAAAAAUAACCAUGAAACAUAUUUAUCACAAUG